GCCUCAUUCAAACCAAUAAAAAUAGCACAGAAUACUCGCGGUUGUUCCCUGUCACUUUUCCUCCCAUUCACCGACCUCGUCAAGACUCUUCCACACCGGCCUUCGCGCACACCACACUCCUUCAAGUCACACUCAAUAUAACCAAGACAUAUCGAACUAGCAAGAUGCGUACCACUGCCUUUGUAGUCCUUCUUUCCCUCCUCUCCGGGCCCGCUCUCCUGGCGAACGCUGCUUCGGCACCGUCAGUCAGCGCCAUCCCGACCCCGCCGAGCCGCACGCUCUCUCGCCGCACCGACAGCUCGAGAAAGGGGGGUCACCUGCUCAAUCCCGUGGAUGUAAACCUGAAGGCGAUCAAGGGAGCUCCUGUGGUGCCGAUGACAAACGCACAGAGGCUCAGGCGGGGACUCUCCCCCAACAGGCCAAGCUUCUACCGAUCUGCGCAAAGCCUCACCGCGCGUGCCUCUCCCAUCCCGGAUCCCAACCCUGGUUGUACCACUAGGACGGGAACGCUCCUCGUCUCAGGGGCGGGUGUCCCAUCAGGAGCCAUCGUCUCGCGCAUCCCUAACGAUUUCGGAGAGUACGGUAUCACCACGGACGCCGCUGACGCUCUGCAAAUUCAAUACGCUGACUGCGGCAACAAUCAGCCUGUCGAUCUGGUGACACUGAACGGUAUCGCCGACUUCACUUUCUUCGGCGGGAUCACAGGCUUUGCGAGCACAUCCCCAGACCUUGACCCUGGCUCAACCAACUAUGCCUACAUCGGUGGCGUCACUCCUACCGCCCCUCGCUCGCCCCCGGAACCUGCCGCCAACUCGUUCACCUUCGCGACGGGCACCCAAGAAGACAUCGAGAGUGCCAUUUGGCGCGUUAACGGUGCCGACGGCGCUGUGACUGCCCAAUGGUUCAACUUCGAUGGCGGGAUGCCUGCCACGGACAUCGUGUACUACGAGCCCGAGGACUUUUUGUUGCUCUCGGGCGAUGCGGCCGCGUUCGGGGCGGAGUAUGGGGCGAGCGGCGUUGUCGCACUUACCUUCGUUCAGGUUUGAGCCAUGCGACGGUUGUAGUAAUUGAUUCAUAUCUGCAAUGGGUAUUUGUAUUGUUGAUCUUCGCAUGCGAUGAGUCGUGUUGUGUUCGGGAGUAGCGCGUCACCCAGAGUUGGACGCUCUUGAGCCAAGACACAAAUAUUUGCGCAUCCCGUACUUGGACUCCGACGAUGAUAGAGUUGAGUGGUAAUGUGUAAAUCAUAGCGCAGACAUAGAAAUGUACUCGCAUUCGUACGAAUUGACCUCGGUUGUGGGAGAGACA